GAAAAAGAUAGUAAAAGGAUCAUUAGAUGGAAAAUUAUCUUACAACAAUUUCAAUUUGAGGUUAAAUAUCGUAAAGGGAAGGCUAAGGCUAACGCUGACACUUUAUCAAGGAUUAACGAAUUACAGGCGCAAAACUCAUCCACCACAACAUCAUUAAUAGAUCAUGGAUAA